AAUAGUUGUGCUGCGGUCACACUAGCUAACGCAACGGACGGACAAAAAAACAUAAAUAACGACAACUGAGAGUUCUAUAAAUAAUAUAUGCUACAAGCACUAUUUAGUCCAAUUAGAGCGGCUUAAAAAAUUAGUGCUGAAGAAUUAACGAUUACAUAAAUGAAAGUUGCGUGCGCAAAUUGCCCCCUCGCUUUAUUUGCUGAUGCUGUCAAAUCCGUAAACCUGUUUUGGAUGCCCGUGAACUCAUCAACAGCCACCUUGUGACGACCAAAACAACGAGUAUUAAUCAUAGAUAAUUAGAAGGCGGAAAAAUGGUUACGGCCACGGCGAUUGCGGAUUUGUGCAUCUUUCUUUUGACCUGGAACGUGGGCACUCACUCGCCACAGAAUCAGGAUCUGAACUCCCUUCUGUCCCUCAAUGGCAACACCACAUGUCCGGAUAACCAGCUGCCCGACAUCUAUGUGAUCGGAUUUCAGGAGGUGAGCACCACACAGGUGCUCAAGAUCUUCAAUGACGAUCCAUGGGUGCUGAAGAUCGCGGACUCCCUGCACGAUCACCAGUUCGUAAAGGUGGACUCGAAGCAGCUGCAGGGAAUUCUCAUAACCAUGUUCGCACAGCACAAGCACAUCCCGCACAUGAAAGAAAUCGAGACGGAAGCCACGCGCACGGGACUGGGUGGGCUGUGGGGUAACAAGGGUGCCGUGAGCAUUCGACUUUCCCUCUACGGAACAGGCGUCGCAUUCAUUUGCUCCCAUCUGGCGGCCCACGAUGAGAAGCUGAAGGAGCGCAUCGAGGACUAUCACCAAAUCGUGGACAAUCACAAGUAUAAUGCCCAGGGGUAUCGUCGGAUAUUCGACCACGACUUUGUCUUUUGGUUUGGCGAUCUUAACUUCCGUCUUUCUGGGGAUAUGUCCGCAUGGGAUGUCCGCACGGAUGUGGAAAACGAGCGAUACGCUGAUCUGCUCAAGCUGGACCAGCUAAAUCUGCUGCGGGAGAAGGGCAACGCCUUCAGCUUGCUGGAGGAGCAGCAGCCCAACUUUGCGCCCACCUUUAAGUUCGUGGAAGGCACUAAUGAUUACAACUUGAAGCGACGACCAGCCUGGUGUGACAGGAUUUUGCAUCGCGUGCAAAGCAACAUUUAUCCGGGCAUUACCCUGAGUGCCAGCCAGCUGUCUUAUCAGUCCCACAUGGAUUACACUCUGUCCGACCACAAGCCCGUAUCAGCCACAUUCAACUACAAGGUCGAGGCUGCCAAUCGGACCUACACCGACGAGGAACUCCACGAAAUGACGCACGGAUCUGCCUCAUCUCCCGCCACGCCAAAUGUUAGUUUAACUUUUGCUUUUGUUGUGCUCGCAGCUGUGUCCUAUAUUCAACUUUGAUUUCGCUUCUUUUGUAGUUAUUUAACGCUGAACUAGAGCAAUGGUAGAGCCGACAUGACGUCACUUAAAUAAUUGUAAACUUUUAAAUCUCUUUGCAUGCUUUUAUGUAGAUUGUAUGCGUAGACCAGUUGUAGAGUAAUUAAAAGACUUCCUUUCAGAGGGAACCAGAGAAACGAAAAUAAUAUCAAGUACAAUGUGAUGAAAUCUCUGCUGAUUUAGCAAUUUAGCAAACAUCUAAGCAAUUCUCAAGUGAUCCAAGGAAACAAUGCAGCUUCCGAGUAUAUAAACAUAUGUUAUCACUCAAUUAAGAAGAUAUUAAUUUAACGAUGGAUUGUAUUAAACGAAUGUAUUUUUGUACAGUAACUUGUUGAUCGAAUAAAAAACUAUUACCUCUCGA